AUGCUUCAAGAUCCCCCUGUAAAUGAUGCUUCAAGAUACCCUGUAAAUGAUGCUUCAAGAUCACCUGUAAAUGAUGCUUCAAGAUACCCUGUAAAUGAUGCUUCAAGAUCCCCUGUAAAUGAUGCUUCAAGAUACCCUGUAAAGGAUGCUUCAAGAUCCCCUGUAAAUGAUGCUUCAAGAUCCCCUGUAAAUGAUGUAAAUGUAAAUGAUGCUUCAAGAUCCCCUGUAAAUGAUGCUUCAAGAUCCCCUGUAAAUGAUGCUUCAAGAUCCCCUGUAAAUGAUGCUUCAAGAUACCCUGUAAAUGAUGCUUCAAGAUCCCCUGUAAAUGAUGCUUCAAGAUACCCUGUAAAUGAUGCUUCAAGAUACCCUGUAAAUGAUGCUUCAAGAUCCGCCUGA